AUGUAUCUGGGCUAUUUCCACCCUUCUGAGUCCCACGCGGUGCAUCCAUACCCGUCGCCGCUGCUGCUGUUCCAGUACGGCUAUGCACCUCAGGUGCCUAUGUCUCCCAUGGACCUCGCUUAUUCCCUGCUGAUGCUACCUGCUAACUUGCUUUCAGGUGCACCAUCGCCAUAUACCUCGCGUCAGUCGUAUUUCCAGCAGCUGCCUCAACCCGCCCUGCCACUUUAUCACCCUAGGAUGCACUCGGUACAUCUGGCUCAGCCGUAUCAUAAGGCUUCGCCUCUGCCUGGCCAUCCUUACUUGACCCAGCCUACUACCAACACAAGCUUGGACCAGCUCAACUUGUCGCGAACUGUCAUCAUGAAGAACUUGAGCGCAGAUCUCUCGCUAAAUGAUCUCUUGUCCGAGAUCGAGUACGGUCCCAUUGAGUACUGUAAGAUGUUCGAAACUGCAGCUCCUGCUCAUUUCCCAGAUGUUGAAAAAGUGAAAACUUGCUAUAUAUCCUUCGUCAACACCCAAGUGCUGGUGAGCUUUCACAGCAAGUACGGCAAGAACACAUACAACUUGCGUCUUUUAAGAGAACGCUUGAAGAACUCCAAGUACUUAAAGAUCUCCUUGAAUGAACCGCACCACCCAGGCAACAUGGGCUCCAGCAACUUGAGCAAGCAGGACUUUAUCAAAUUGAAAACGCUCAACUAUAUCAUGGAGUUCAAUGCCACUCGUGCAGUCAAGGUGCUGUUCACCGUCACUGACCCGGAAUCGAAGCUGACCUUAAAGGACGAUUUUUACGCGCGCUGUGCCAAGUAUGGCGAAAUCGAGGACUUCCAGACCAUCUCUAACGAUGAAAAUCCAGAGGAGGUAAGUUUCGUCUUACAUUUCACGUCCAUAGACUCGGCCAUCAAGAUCUAUGAGUACCAUUUAAAGCGAAUUCAAAUAGACCACUUGAAUCUGUUGGACCUUGAAGAAAACGAUGUGCUCCCGACGAUGUGCACUGCCGUCGCAUUUCAUAAGGAUCGUUGUGAUAGAACAGAGUUGAACAAAACGCGACGCUCUGCUCCAAACAGCAACUUCUCCAAAGUCGCGUCAUCGUCAUCGUCAUCCUCCGUUGCAUCUUCUCCCACUUCCAGCCGAAAGCCAAUGACUCGUCACUUCCAAUCUGGUGAAAAUUAUAAAUUCAGCAGUGAUACCGCAAGGUCUAACGAAAAGUCUGCUAGCCCGCUCCACUCUACAUCUAUCCAAGAAGAGGAUGAUGCAGAGGACGAUCUGCCUACGGCAUCUGCUGAUGUUAGUGCAGAGUCCAAAGAGCUGGAGUCUUUCCAGCCUCCUGGACCUCAAAAUGAACUUUCCCCCUCUUUGAAGGCAAAGUCCUCUCUCGAUAACAGUUCUAGUGGGGCUUUCAAUUCAUCGAUUGCCGGUAGUGAAUUCACAGAUUUGUCUCACUCCAGAAGCAGAAGACACAUUGGCAACUCUUCUGAUCCAUAUUUAUAUGGUCAUCAAUCGCUUAUGCACCAACCAAGCAUGUCUAGUAUUGCAUCCAUGGGCUUGCCAAACAACUACCAAUAUAACCCGGAUCCAUUUAAUGUUGGUAACAGAACUUUGUACUUGGGUAACUUGCAUCCAAGUACUACUGUGGAGGAAAUUGCAAAUAAUGUCAGGGCAGGGGGAUUAGUGGAAUCCAUCAAGUAUCACAAACUCAAGAAAGUGUGCUUUAUCACUUUUAUUGAUCCCGCCAUUGCUCUCAAGUUUUUCUUAAACCAUCAAGUCUUACAUCAACUAAUCAUUCACGGUAAUGAAGUCAAUGUGUGCUGGGGUAAGAAUCAUUCCGGUCAAUUGUCUCGUGAUAUUGCUUUGGCUGUUACCGCCGGUGCAUCAAGAAAUGUUUAUAUUGGGUUAAAGCCUGGUAAAAAUUCUACCAAAGAAGAGAAUAUUGAACUUCCUGACGAGGAAACGUUGAGGGAGGACUUUGGCAGAUUUGGUGAGAUGGAACAGAUUAAUUUUUAUAAUCACAAAGACUGUGGUUUUAUUAAUUUCAUGAAUAUUGCUGCUGCUAUCAAGGUUGUUGAAAUGUUUGAAAGUAAGGAUCCUAAAAAUGCAGCUGUUGUGGCAAAGGAUAAUGGUGAGUUUUACGAAAAGUAUAAAAACUUCAAAAUAAGUUUCGGAAAGGACAGAUGUGGCAACCCGCCAAAGUUCAGUUUCAAAAAGAAGAACAGCAGCUUUGAUUUCUUGAGAGAUAGAGAUCUUGUUGAUAUGCCUGUCCCACGUGCUGACACACUCCACUCAGACAAAGACAUUGAGCCCAUGAAUAAUGAGGCUGCGAUGGUUUUUGGAAUCAGCACGGAGCCUGUCGACUCUCCAGAUGAGAAGUUGUCGCCACCUACAGAAUAUUUGGCAGAAAGUACAGUCUUAGUUGGCGCAAACACAGAAGAAAAGCAAGAGCAAACCUCGUCCAAUGAAGAUGACAUUUCCAGCGAUGCACAACUGAAAUUGACUAUUGAGAAUGUUGCAAUGGCCUUGAAGGAACAUCCCACUGAUGAAUCGAGUGAUCUAGAUGCCGGAGCUGACAAUGAAUUCAAGAAAGAUGAGGAAGAAGAAGUCGAAGAGGAAGAUGAUGAGGACGAUAUCUCCAUAAUUAUUGGAUCCGACACCACAGCCGGAUCUCCCCAUAAAAAGUCACAAAAGAAGCAUCAGAGACUAUACCAUCACCACUCCUUCCUGAACGAUGGAAUGAAUUCCAACUGGGCGACCUCCAGAAACUCGUCGGCUUUGUCACUUAACUCAUCAUAUGCGACGCACUAUAAUUAUCAUCCAUCUAGUUUCAGCCCAGUGCCAGCCAUCCCGCAACCAGUGAUGUAUCAUCAGGCACCUCAAUUUAUGCCUCAGAUGAGACAGGUCAGUUACUACGGGAUUCCUCAAAUGGCGCCUAUGCCGCAGCCUCAACUUUAUCAUCACAGUUCGUUUCCUGGGCCAAACAUGGGUAUGCACAAGAGUCCAUAUACUGUGUCGGGGUCGCAGGUGAUGGCACAAUAUUUGGCCAAGUCACAACAUGAUAACUAUCUCUAUGCGACCAGUAUCUUGAACAAUGAUAUCACUUCGGAGGAAAUUCGUGAGUACAAGAAGUCAUCAAGAAGGUCGUCUAAAAAGAACUAA